AGCAUGCCGCCACCAGGAAGUACGUUUGAUUUGCUGUAUGCUAGUUCAAAUACACCAGCAACAACUGACAGAGAUGGAGACGGAGGAAAAACAGGGUUUACGCGGCUCAGAGGUGCUUCGGAAGAGAAUGGAGCCCAAUGAACACGGGACGUUCCCAGCAGAUCCCGAAACCAGGCAUGGAAAUGGUUUCCUUGAUUCGUUACGGAAAUAUAAAGUAAAAGAAGUUUUCACAUGGCAUCUUUUCAAGACGAUAUCCAUGAGUCAAGGGUUAUCAGUGUUAAUCUGUGGGACUGGGAUCUCCAGCCAGUAUUUGGCAGUCCGUUAUUCUGUGAAUACACCAAUGUUGCAGAGCUUCAUCAACUAUAUUUUGCUGUUCUGUGUUUAUACGUCAAUACUGGCUUUCAGAAGGGGGGAUGACAGUCUUUUGCAAAUUCUGAAGACAAAGUGGUGGAAGUAUAUGCUGCUGGGGAUUGUUGAUGUCGAAGCUAAUUACAUGGUGGUGAAGGCUUACCAAUACACAACACUGACAAGUGUUCAGCUGCUAGAUUGCUUUGUGAUCCCGGUGUUGAUGGCACUGUCAUGGUUUAUCCUUCGCACUCGAUACAGGGUAAUCCACUAUGUCGCAGUGUGCAUCUGUCUGCUUGGAGUUGGUGCGAUGGUUGGCGCAGACGUGCUGGCUGGAAGAGAUCAGGGUGCCAGCACGAACAUCUUGCUGGGGGACAGUCUUGUUCUGAUGAGUGCUGCUCUGUAUGCUGUGUCUAAUGUGUGUCAGGAGUACACGGUGAAGAACCUGAGCAGAGAGGAGUUCUUAGGAAUGAUCGGCAUGUUUGGGACUGUCUUCAGUGGUCUACAAUUAGCCGUACUGGAACACAGUGAAAUCGCCAAAAUAAUUUGGGAUUGGCAAGUUGCACUGCUGUUUGCUGCGUAUGCCCUCUGCAUGUUUGCGCUGUACAGUUUCAUGCCAGUGGUUAUUAAAAUUGCCAGUGCGACUGCAGUCAACCUGUCCAUGCUGACCGCUGACCUCUUCAGCCUGUUCUUUGGGCUCUUUCUCUUCCACUACAAGUUCUCAGGGUUGUAUAUCCUGGCCUUCGCUAUGAUCAUCGCUGGGUUUGUUUUGUAUUACUCCAUGCCAACAUACACCCAGGAACCUGCACCUCAGGGGACUGCCAUAGAUGGACUGGACAACCCUGUCUCAGAGAGUGAGGAUGACACCAGACAGGAAACGGCUAUACAGUUCCCCUCAGGAGAGGACGCUGCAGAGACAACGCGGUCACAGUGACCACGGCAGAAACUGAAAACUGACAAGCAGCACAAGCACUAUAAUGGACAGACAACUGGAAUGGAAGGGAACAGUGAUUCAUGUACUCUCGUUCCUUUCAUCCACACAGGAGGUCAAAGCAGUUUACAAAAACAGAAUUUAGUAGAACCUGCCAGCCAUUUUAUUAUUAUUAUUAUUAUUAUUAUUAUUAUUAUUAUUAUUAUUAUUAUUAUUAUUAUAAUGCUAUAUAGAAUUCCCCCUACCCUUAAAAUGUGUUUCACCCUAUAUAUUUGACACUUUGGAAUAUUUUCACUUUUGAUUUAUUUAUUUUGGUAUUUUUUUUAUUGAAGUGUUUUUAUAUAUUGUCAUGGAGAUGCCAUAAAACCCCAAGGACAAUUAACUUUCUCUGUUCGUGGGAUAAAGUUAAUGGUGCUGACCUCUGAAAUGCGAUUAGACAGUCUCUUUUAAAAUGCCUGCACUUCAUUCAACUGUAAACCAGACCAGAGUUUACUUUGCAUUAGGUGGAUUUUAUGAUCAUGUGUUUGUGUAAUCAUGUUAGAUAAUUGGAUAUGGACAACUGCACAUUGACAUUGCAGGGAAUGUACAGUUUAAACAAUUAUGCAAUCCUCCUUUGAAAAAAAAAGCAAAAAACACAGCUGUGGUUCUGAUUGUCUUCUAAGCUUUCAGCAAUACUUGAAACUGCAGCAGCAGUGUGUGCCUUUGCUAAGAGUGCUAUAUUCUUGCAUGACAAAUUGUUAGAAAUAAAUCUAGACAUUAAGGCAGUCAGUAGCUUGCAGAUUCCAUUCACUGUUUUAUGUCCUUUAGUGUGGAAACUACUAGAUCGUGUCCAAUGGGAUGGGAGUAAAAUUAGACAACUAAAUAAGUGUUGGUACUUGUCGCUAAUCUUUUUAAAUCUAAAAUCAACUUUCUUUUGAAAAAAAAAAAUUAAUUACAGAUGGCACGUGGACAUUGUGUUGAUCGAUUCAUUUUAGAAUGUAUAAAAAAACCAAAAAAUUUGCUGACAGGAGGCUUGAAGGUUGUUUGAUUGAGAUGAUCAGUGAAAUGCGAAUACCCAAGUGGGAGUUCUUGACAGCAAAAUGUUAGUUCUGAGCCUUGGUAUACAGUGUGGUCCUGUUGAGGUUUGACUGAAUGGCACCAACAAACAGAAUCUACCCUGUAGUUUCUGAUAAUUUGUACCUAAGAAUGUAUGAUUCCAUGUUUGUAGAUUGAAGAGGACUAAAAGGAGACAAAUGUUUUAUUUUGUCUGUGCCUUUUUAAUAUUUUUUUUUAAUAUAUAUUUUUAUUUUCCACGUUCGUCUGAUCUGCAGUGUGUCUUAUUUAUGAAGCGUUUUAUUUUUGCACUUUGCCUUGUUUUCACUUAUUUGCCCCACAUUUUUCUUGCUGAGCAGUCUGUUGGCUGGUUUCAUAGACUGUAAUUGGCACUAAGGUUACAUUAAUUAGUCCAUAUUACUAAUUGGGGGUUUGUGAAACUUGCUGUUUGCUCAAUAUGCAUUUAAGCAUUUUUGGGACCAAUUAGACAUUUUGCAUCACAUAAGGGAGAAUCACCCAAAAGUGGCAAUCAUUUUAAUCCACAUGAGUUAAUAUUAUACAACAAAAGACAAAGAUGUUUAUUUGUUUGCACUUAUUUUUAGUACUACAGUGUACCAAAUAUUGUUUCAUAAUCUACAGUAGUAUCCGUAAGCUUUUGAGCUGCUGGUGAUAUCUACAUGGGAAUACAAAUAUAUCACAUGAGGAUUUAAAAGCCCUUGUUUAAGUUUUGGUCAUUUUCAUAAAAAAUAAAAUAAAAAUACAAAAGUAAGUUGUUUUGGAUGUGUGAAACCAAUAGAUUAUGGUGUACUAAAAACAGAAAAUGUUUCGUUUUGUCAUUUUUUAAUUUGUACCUUGUUUAAUUGUUUAUUAUUAAAAUAGGCUUGAGGCAAUGCUUGAAAAGCAAUACAGGGAGCCUGUGUUUGUGAAGCCCAAUAUGUAAGUACUUCAGGACAAAUCAGCACUCAGUGUCAAUGUACCUUAGUGUUUUUCCUUACAGGCUUUUUAACAGCCUCCGGUAGGAAGGUAGAUGUAUUAAGCAUUGCUAUCAGAAGGUCUUACACUGAAUUUAAAAAAACAAAAAAACUCUGGUUCCACCAAUGCUUCUUCAGCUGUUCAUAUCUUAUCAACUGCUUCAGAUGCUGACUUCAUAUUCGGGCAAAAUCGAACAAUGCCCUUCUCUUG